AUGAUGCCAACUCCUUUCCUUUUUGCAACCCUGACGGUGGUCUUCGAGGUCACUAUUGGUGAUCAUGGCGUGUUCUUGCGUUUUCGCCAACUUGUCGGUGGACUCUGCAGUCUGGUUGGUCGCAUCUCGGUGAUUUGCCUUGACUUCUACCGUCCCUCCUCAUUUCGACCCCGUUGUCCCCGACGAGCUCCUCUUAUCUCACCGCCAAUAUGUUACAUCAUUUUUCCCACGACAAUAAUCGUUCCGAACCCUCAACGCCAGGAUUCCAUCUAA